GGAUCUUCUGAUGUGACAUCCAAUCGACCCUGAAUUUGGGAAGAUGGUGACCAUUGCGAAUUACAAGAUCUCCAACACGCUGGGGGUGGGAACCUUCGGCAAGGUCAAGAUGGCCGAGCACACCCUGACAGGACAGAAGGUGGCCAUCAAGAUCAUAAACAAGAGAAAGAUGGAGCACAUGAAUAUGCAUGAAAAGAUCAGACGGGAGAUCCAGAUCUUGCAGUUUCUGACGCAUCCCCAUGUGAUCCGACUAUAUGAGUUACUUGAUACGCCCAGUGACAUUUUCAUGGUCAUGGAAUAUGCAACCAAUGGAGAGCUCUUUGAUCACAUUGUUCACAAGCUCAAACUACAGGAGGAUGAAGCGAGAAGAUUCUUCCAACAGAUUCUUUCGGGAGUUGAAUACUGUCACCAGUGCAUGGUAACGCACCGGGACCUCAAGCCCGAAAAUCUUCUACUGGAUUCCAACCUGCAUGUGAAGAUCGGCGAUUUUGGCUUGUCCAAUACCAUGCGCGAUGGCGAGUUUUUGAAGACCUCUUGUGGCUCUCCAAACUAUGCAUCGCCAGAGGUUGUGACUGGCAAGGCCUACGUGGGUCCAGAGGUGGACGUUUGGUCGGGCGGGGUAGUGCUUUACGCUCUCCUCUGCGGGUCUUUACCCUUCGAUGAUGAGAAUGUGCCGAACCUCUUCCGCAAGAUCAAACACGGCAACUUCACUUUGCCAGGUCAUCUCUCCAGUGAGGCAAAAGACCUCAUUGUCCAAAUGUUAGUGGUUGAUCCUACGAGGCGGAUCACCUUCUCGCAGAUUCGGAAACAUAGUUGGUUUCAGAAGGAUUUGCCAGAGUACCUUGCUGCGCCGCUGAAUCUAGCAGCUGAAAAGCUUGAGUACGAGACAGAUAUCCUGGAGGAGCUGGAGGAAUUGAUGGGCACCAAAAUUGCCGACAGAGAAAAUUUGAAACCGGAGGAGAAGGUUGCGUAUCACUUGCUGGCAGAUCGCGCAUCGAAGCAGAGUAGCUUCUCCAACUUGCUGCGGAAGGAUCCGUGUACAGCUAAUGCGCUGCGCAUGUUUGACGAGGAGGAAGUCCUAAACGUCACCAGGAACUUCGACCAGGAGCGUGCGGCGCCGGUCUACAAAGCUGUGUCGGCAGAUCGCUCUGGAAUGGUGAGCCAGGCUACACUGGCACCGGAGUGUCCGUGGAGACUGGGAUUGGAGGUGGUCAUGGAGGCUUCGGUUUUGAUGACGGAGGUGCUGGCAAACUUGAAAGACCUUGGCUACGAGUGGCACAACGUCACCCCCUGGCGUGUUCGCGCUCGGCCACUGGUCCAUCAGAUGGGUAUCAUGUUAACGGUCCAGGUCUACAAAUGCUCUUCUGGAAAGUACAUGGUGGACGUACUUGUCCCACAGGGGCCUUCCUUGCCGGCAGUGCAAGCAGCACUUCAAUUUAUCCGGCGACUAUCUGAGCGUGAGGCCGUGAAUUGCAACAUUGUGAACAGGCCCCAGCAAGCUAGAGGCCGCUCCAGACAAGGUGAAGGCUAUCCGCAAGGCCUGCCGCCCACUUCCAGCCUGUAGUUAUGAGCUGUGCACGGAUCGUAUGCCAAGCACAAAAUCAGAGAAGUUUGAGGGAACCACUGAACCACACUGAACCAC